AUGGAAACCAAGGCAAAACGUCUAUCUCGUGAUGCAUAUACGGUGGCUCUGCUCACUCCCCUCGAGAUUGAGUUGAGUGCAGUGAGAUAUAUGCUGGACGAAGAACAUCAGCCACUACCGAGCGCCCGCGGGGACCCAAAUUACUACGUUCUGGGACGGCUCUGUCAGCACAAUGUUGUGAUCGCGUCCUUGCCUGCCGGCUAUCAAGGUACAGUCUCCGCUGCGGUCGUCGCACGAGAUUUAGCGCGCACCUUCCCGUCGGUCACGCUGCGAUUGCUCGUAGGCAUUGGAGGUGGCGUGCCCAGCGACACUACCGAUAUUCGUCUGGGAGACGUGGUGGUCAGUGUUCCAUCUGGAACUCAGGGUGGUGUGGUGCAAUACGAUCUGGGAAAGCAGACUACAACUGGCUUUCAACGCAAAGGAUUCUUGUGUCCCCCGCCCAAUGAAUGGCUGGCGAUUCUCCCGAGAAUGCAAUCUGAUCACCGCGUGCGGUCCAACAUGGUCUCAAGUCACAUCGGAGAUAUGCUGAGAAGAUUUCCAGCACUGUCCGAGUAUGAGAGACCAUCGCCUGAGAUGGACAUUUUGUUCAAGUCCGACUACGACCAUCGCAUGGAUCAGCCGACUUGCCAGUCCUGCGAUACACAAAUGGCAGUUCCCCGGCAGAAACGCAGCGCUCCUGAUCGACCUUUCAUUCAUUACGGGGUCAUCGCAUCAGGGGAUCGCGUGAUGAAGAAUGCGAAGGAGCGGGACAUGAUCAGUAAAAGUAGCGAGGGCGCUAUCUGUUUUGAGAUGGAGGCAGCAGGCCUUAUGAACGAUUUCCGCUGCAUUGUUAUUUGUGGAAUCUCCAACUAUGCGGACUCGCACAAAAACAACGUUUGGCACCCCUAUGCCGCUGCAGCUGCCGCGGGUCUUGCAAAGGAGCUCCUUUCAUAUCUGGAGAUAUCAGACCCCACCAUUCAAUCUUCUCGUGCAACUGCUGCCUUGAAGGCUUUCUACACUGAAGGGAAGCGGCUGAAUAUAGAGCGUAUUUCGGGUCAACUACUCCCAAUGAGUCGCUGUUAUAUCAAUCUGGCGGUGGUGAAGGGCUCACUAGAGGUCGACGAGAACCAUCAGUCAUUCUCUCCUACGUCACGCCUCAAGGUGCAAGCAGAUGAGGACACAGACAUCAUCCCGUUGCCAUCAUUAUUUGAACCACGCACCGGAUCAUCUCAGGCGCCUUCGGUACCCAGACGCAUUCUGAUAGAAGGGCGGGCCGGAGUAGGAAAGACGACUCUCUGCAAGAAGAUCGUUUAUGACCACCUCCACCAUCAAAUGUGGAACCACCUGUUCGACUUGGUAUUGUGGGUUCCAUUGCGCAAGCUGCGGCGAAGAGCGGAAACGACCGCUGCGUACAACUUGGAGAGUAUGUUUUAUGACGAAUAUUUCUCUCAACAACCUGAUGGCAAAGUCCUAGCACGAGAAUUGUGGCAGGCUGUCAACGAUCCCUCCCUUAGUAACCGAAUACUGUUCUUACUCGAUGGCCUCGAUGAAAUCUCCCGUGAAUGGGAUACAGACACGCCAAUGCACGAUUUUGUGUCCCAUCUACUGAAGCAACCGCAGGCCAUUAUCACGACAAGACCCCGCCCCUCGGAUCAAAUCGAUCUAGGGACUGUCGAUCUCGAACUAGAAACCAUAGGAUUUCUUCCUGACCAGGUAAACAACUACAUAAACCACCCGGAGAUUGUUCCUGACGGUGGGACUGCGAAGGAGAUUGAGUCAUUCUUGCAAAAGCAUACCCUUAUGCAAAGCCUCAUGCGGAUCCCUAUCCAGCUGGACGCAUUGUGCUAUAGUUGGGAGCGAGACUUGUUGGAAGGGAGGUCGCAGACAAUGACCAGCAUUUAUGAGGCAAUUGUGCUGAAGCUCUGGAGAAAGGAUAUCCUGCAGCUGGGCGUUCGAGAUAACCAAGGAACGAGGCUCACGGAGGGGAGAGUGAAAGACAUCUUCGAGUCUGACAUCGAGGAUUAUAUGUUCAAUGAGAUCAACCUAAUCGAGGGACUCGCCUUCCACGGGCUCACGAAUGAUAUUACCGAAUUUCGGUUGAAAGACCGAAAAUCGUUCUACUACCAUUUCAAACGGCACGGAGAGAAGCGUCCUCACGAUGGCGAACGUGUGCUUCGGAAGGUCUCAUUUCUGCGUACCUCCGACAACACGCUCCAGAGUCAUGAGCAAAGUUUUCAUUUCCUUCACUUGACCUUUCAAGAGUUCUUUGCAGCGAGAUAUUCUGUCAGGCACUGGCUACAGGACAAGCCUCUCCCGCUUUUUCGUGUGGGUCAACAAUCACCCAAGGACUCUUUAAUGGCACCCCGAUUAUUCCUUCAAGCAAAGAAAUAUGAUUUGCACUAUAAUAUCUAUUGGCUUUUUGUGGCAGGGCUUCUCCAAAACUGCUGGCAGUCAAAUGCUCCAAGCGGAGAGUUGGUGAGAGAUUUCUUCGAUCAACUAGACCGUGAGCCUCGCGACAUGGUGGGACCAGCCCACCAGCGUCUUACCAUGCAUUGCCUCAGUGAGGUAGCCCCCGCGAGCGAUGAUGAGGUCAUUUCGGAAAGGAGGACUUCGCUUGAGGAACGGCUGCUACAAUGGGUUGAGCUCGAGUGCAAACUUAGCUCAUACCCAGAAAUGGCCGCUGAGAUGGAAUGUCCAAGCCGCAUCAUCAUAAGACUACUCGGGCCGGGUUACGAAAGGCACCGCAAACAAAUUCUAGAGACCCUGUGUCGCAGAAAAGUACAAAUAUCCCAAGAUGUACUUGAUGCAGCGGCUGCGUUGCUCAAAAGAAAUGCACCUGGCAUAGUGAGACUAUGGGCAGUAGAUUUGAUAUCAAGAACGCCGGACAGGAUAACAGCAGAGAUCGAGAGAAUCCUAGUCGGAGACCUCCACCACGAAGGUUUUGCUCUCAGACGGUACACAGCCCGCGCAUUGUUUGAGAGGUUUCUCUCCCAAAAUGCCAUCCAGGAUCUGGUACUGCUGCUACGGCAUCGUAAUGAGAAUAUCAUUACGGAUAGUGUCGACGCCCUAAAAGCAGCGGUCGACCUUCCUGAGAUUGUUAUGCAGAAUCUGAUGUCACUCUUUCGCGAUGAUAAGAUUGUCUAUCCCAACGGCACGUCAGCGCCGCUUUUGGCACCUCAAAACAAAUUCUCAGAUAGCACUAUCCGGUCUCUCGGUACGCAUCUCAAGGAUAGCCUAAGCUGCGUACGCUACAGAGCGGCGGCCGCUUUAGAGGUCAAGAAAACUUUACUCCCUGAUUGGAUUAUUCAUAACCUGGUACAGCUCCUUGAAGAUAAGUCUUCAAUUGUACGGUCCGCCGCAUGCAAAGCACUGUGCGCCCAGAAAAGUCUUCCGAAGGAGGUUCUCUUUGAUAUCAUUCCCGUGCUCAAUAAAAGGGCAGAGUUUUCGAGAGAUGGCUUCCUCAACGACAAAACAGAGUAUGCAAUUAAGAUCUUGAGGAGCCAACCUGUUCCUCCGGAGGAUAUCAGACAUGCGCUAAGUCUUCUACUCAAGGCAGAGGCCUCUUGUACCAGGUUCGCUGCAGGCUGGGCCUUAGCAAGCCAGGACAACCUAUCAGACGAAACACUCAAUAGCAUGGGACUACUUCUCGAGGAACCCAAUGUUAAUCUGGAACAACUCAGACGCACAUUUCGGUUUUUCGAACAACAGAAAAGUCUUCGACAAAUCGGUCUGCGAGCGUUCCACCGACGUCUCAAAGAUCACAAUAGUGAAGUGCGAGAUUUGGCGGCUUACGAGCUUGGGGGUUGGCUGCCCCUCUCGGAUGAGAUUUUACAUGACUUAGUUUUAUGCCUCAAGGAUCCCGACACAAGAUGGUCUGCAGAAAUCACACUCGGGAAGCACUCGGCGAUCCCGGAUGAGAUUAUUCAAAGCUUUCAUGACCUUUUGAUGGAUGAAGACCCAGAGGUGCGUGACUCCGCGGCCGCGGCCCUGGACAGUCAAAAAGAGCUUCCAUCGAAGUUGCUCCAUUCCCUCGUAUUCGUGCUCAGUCAUUGCCAGGAUGGUUCUGCUUGCGCCGCAACCAACUGGCUCAAAAGGCAGCGCCGUCUUCCUGACGAUAUAACCAAAGCGUUGGCCAUGCUACGUGACGAUGAGCGCUGGGUGGUAAAAAAUAAUGCUAUGACUGUGUUGCUCGAGCAGUCGCACCUGGCAGAAAAUGUACUCCAUGACAUAGCCAUGCUACAGUUUUAUCCUCGCAUUAAAAACAGAUACGCUUGGUCUUCAAGGCUCAGUUCGAGGUCUGAUUUACCCCCUAAGACAGUCACAGCCCUGGCAGCUCUCCUUGAGAAAGACAAUCCCUCGCAUGUAGAGGAGGUUUUGAGAGUUCAAAGUUGCUUCUACCCUCUUUUACCGACGCUCAGCCGGCAGGCUCUGAAGAAUCUCUUGCGUUGUUGGAUACCCCUCGCCUUUGACACGCAGAUCUGCUGCUUUUUUGACAAAGGCAAGCUGAUCAUCGAUGGUCCGAAAGGGAGGUUUGAACUUGAUUUCGAGAGUGACCAGCAAAGAGAGCAGUUCAUUGAGGUCAUUCGACAGGUGCAGAUGGAUCUGGGAUUUCCUACCGCUGGCACAAGCUCUGAUGAACAGUCGCCGGAAUGUGCGCGGGGUGUGCAAUGGAACGUCCGAAUAUUAAACUGGGAAGUAAUAUCCGCGUCCUCGACUCUCCUCCAGACUCGGAUCCUCGUUCUUGCUACCAUUGCAAUUCUCAUUCAGCUGUUCCUCAUGGUCUUGAUGUAG